ACAAGAGAAACGUCAAUCGCAUAUUCCAAUGUUUGUGUUCGCCUAACCUAAAAAAUACAUGAAAACAGAAAAAGUCUAAACACGCCUCAAAAUGGCUCAAUUACAGAUCGACGAGGUAUAUCCGAAAGAAAAUCUGUACCCUUUAGUGAUAAACUUCCAAAACGCGUACUUGAAUGACAAUUUUAGUGAGCAAAAAUGUCUAUUACUCGAAAAUAAUGAAACUUCUAAGAAGAACGUGGUAACGGAGAUAUGCGAUCUCGUGUAUUCUGGCGAAGAGAAUGAGGAAAAACUGGGUAAAACUUUGUUAUUAGUACGAAAUAAAAACACUGGCAAAGUGAGGUUACUUGAGACAGGUAGCAUUGACAUGAAACCAUACAUAAAAACUGACUUAGAAGCCGUACAACUGCAGGAAACAUCGUAUUUGGAGCUCAGCAGGAAGUUCGGGUCUAAAAAGCAUAAAAAAGUAGUUGAACAACGUGAAAAAUUAAAAGUUAAUGUAGAGACGGUCACCGAGCAGAUGCAAAAUAUAAGUCAGAAUAUAACUGAAGACCAGUUGGAUUUAUCUACUUAUAAUAAAACUGAUGAGGAUUCCUACAUACCUCCCAUCAACCGAGAGGCCACGGAAGCUUCCGGAGUCUACGAUAUAGACGCAAUACUGCCUGAAGAAUUAUAUGACAAGGUUUAUGAAGAAAUAGAAAAUUCAGACUACUUAAACGGCCUAAUACCCAUGAUAAAAGCGAUGACGACGAAAAAACUAACAAACAAGCAAAUCGUAUUAGCUGUAUACGCUAACUCUUUGUUAAACCUCUACAGUACUUUAAUGAGGGACAUAGUAAAAAAGAAUUUUGUUGCAUGCCAAUAUUCUGCGACAUUAAAUGAGAUAAUAUUAAAAAACUUCCUUGGUAUAUCGAAUUUGAAACGAAUACGGACUCCACAGAUGAAAGACAAGUCGUUAUGCCACGCAAUGGUGUUUUUACUAUUAAUUAACAAUCUAAAGUUUGACGUAGAAGAGUUGUGCCAACAAUUAAAGUUGACGAUGCGGACUGUUAUUACUAAAAUACAAGUUACUGGAGCAAGUAUAGUGAGCUUAAGUAGUAAGAAGGUGGCACAGUUAAAAUUACCAUUAAACAAGCCAGCUAUACGAAGAAAGAGUGCAAAGUUUUAAAUAAAUUAUUGUUAAUAUUUUGUUUUA